CCAAAUACAUUCUAUACCCUACCGACAGAGCCAAUCAACAAUGUCAUCGUUCCGAUCAAAUAUGUUCCUGAGAUCAAAUCUGUUCCAGAAACUCAACUAUCGUUCAUUCAACAUAACUAUUUUCGAUUUAUUGGAAAACAUACAACAAUCAUUACUCAACGCGACCACCAACUCAUUGAGAAAGGCAUCAAGAUUGAUUUGACCCGGUUUCUUGGUCAUACAAUGUUUGUUAUGCAAGACGAAGCUAGUUGGGUAUUCUACUCGCCGUUGCCAAAUGACAUGUUUCUAAACAGGUGUGCAGACUGGACGCCAAUUCACUUAUAUGCAAAUGCAUUGCGGAUAAUUUCCUUUGUAUCAGGACGUGUAUUCAUUGGCCUACCAAUGAGUAGAGAUGAGCGAUGGCUUAAAUCUACGAUAGAGUUUACUGUUGAUACUUUCCUGGGAGGCAAGAAGUUGUCCGAAUAUCCCCGGGUUUUCUGGCCAAUCCUGGAAUACGUCCUGCCAGAGCUUCGCAGAGUUCGGUGGCAUUAUAAGAACGUCAAGAACUUACUGCAGCCUCUGCUUGAGGCGCGCCUACAGGACAUGGAAGACCCAGACUUCAAGCGUCCAAAAGAUAUGCUCCAAUGGGGUAUUGACAACUCCAACGGCAACGAGAGAAAUAUCUGGUGGCAGACUAUGUUUCACUUGAAGAUCUCAGUUGCAGCAAUCCAUAGCACUGGAAUUAGUCUUUACCAUAUAUUGUUCGACAUAGCCGCACUACCGGAUACGCAUGAGAUUCUACGGCAAGAAAUUGCCGAUGUCGAAGCGAAAUACGGUUGUCCUCUCCCUAAAGUAGGGCUCACAAAACUUCACAAACUUGAUAGCCUUAUGAAGGAAUCGCAGCGUAUGAAUCAGUUGAACAUACUGACAAUGACGCGUAAGGUCAUGAAGGAUAUGAAAUUUUCUGACGGGACGACAAUUCCUAAGGGUAUGUUCAUCGGUGUAGCUUCUGGAGCAGUGAAUAGGGACGCGGAAAUAUUCGAUAAUCCCAACGAGUUUGAUCCUUGGAGAUUCUACAAAUUAAGACAAAUACCUGGGAUGGAAAACCAGCAUCAGUUUGUAUCCACAGGGGACAUGAACUAUAACUGGGGCCAUGGAACCCAUGCAUGUCCAGGGCGCUUUUUCGGUAGUAAUGAGAUCAAGAUCAUCGUUGUUGAGUUUCUCAAGAAUUUUGAGCUAAAACUGCUCGCUGGGGCGAAAAGGCCUGAGAAUAAUUACUGGGGAAUGGAAGUUCGUCCCGAUUUUGGAGCGCAAAUGCUAAUUAGAAGAAGAUAG